CAGAACUCUGUGAUUCCACUCCUGAAUUUUUAACGCUGUUGUGGAACUUUACUUUGCAGGCGGGUUACUGUGGCACCAGGCUUCUGUUACACCGGCACACAGAGCCAGAGAGCGGCUCCAGAGCAGCUCUGUGGUGGAGCUGACAGGACACUUGCAGGCUGCCUGGUCCAUCGUGUCCUGAUGCCGUAGAACCAUGACCCUGAAUACCCAGAAGGAAGUCUUGCGGCGGAGAGGCAGCACUCCAGUCCGCCCGGUGCAUUUGCACCAGCAACCAUUGUGGACUCAAGCCAUUGCUGGCCAGACCCGACCCCAGCGCAGCCACCCUCCUUUGGGACAGUCGGCCUCAUACCAUCCAGGGGACAAGUCGCUCCACUACCGGGUCCAAUGGAGCUCAGACUCGGACGACGACUCCCAGAGCGACUCGGACAGCAUCUACAGAGUGGUCUUACUAGGCGACCAUGGCGUCGGGAAGACCAGUCUGGCCGAAAUCUUUGCCGGGAUCACAGAGAAAGAUGACCAACCAGCAGAAUACUCGUUUGAGCGAACGCUGACAGUAGAUGGAGAGAAGACCACGCUCAUCGUCAUGGACACCUGGGAGAACGACAAACCGGACGGCGGCAGCAGCUGCUCGCCGGAGGAAUGUCUGAAGGUAGGAAGUGCUUACGUCAUCGUCUACUCCGUCACUGACCGCGCCAGCUUUGACUCGGCGGCGGAGCUCCGCAUCACUCUGCGGCGCGCUCGUCAGGCCGACAACAUUCCCAUCAUCCUCGUAGGCAACAAGAGCGACCUGGUCCGGUCCAGAGAGGUCGCCAUAGAAGAGGGCAGAGCGUGUGCGGUGGUCUUUGACUGCAAGUUCGUCGAGACAUCUGCUUCGCUACACCACAACGUGGCAGAGCUCUUCGAGGGCGUGGUGCGGCAGAUCCGUCUCCGUAAAGAUAACACUGAGGUGGUGCAGCGGCGGCGGUCCGUUUACAAACGUAAAGAAAGUCUUUCCCAGAAGGCUCGGCGCUUCCUGGACAGACUGGUGGCGCGCAACAAUCAGCGCAUGGCGCUCAAAGUGCGGUCCAAGAGCUGUCAUGACCUCGCUGUGCUGUGAGGGACACCUGCCCGACUAGGGGGCGCCGCUGUCCAACACUACUAGCUUGCAUUUACAGAUGACUUCUGACCUUCAAAUGGACCAAUUUUUUUUGUUUGUUGGUUGGUUUUUGGGACUGUCACUUCUGCUUUCCAGGGUUUUUUGUCACGCUGAAGAAUAAAAUUUGACAAUUUU